AUGGCUUCCGGCAACGCUUCAAGCAAGCAAAGGGUGAUCAUCGCAUCCAAUCGCUUGCCACUCUCUGUCAAGGAAAACAAUGGAACCUAUGAAACGACCCCGUCAAGUGGCGGCCUGGUGAGCGCUCUCCGAGGCCUCCAAGCAGCCGACUACCUGUGGCUCGGCUGGCCAGGAAUCGAAGUCAACGACAAAUCCGCCAGGGAAAGUGUCAAUGCAUCCUUAGCUAAGGAGAAUGCGGCGGCAGUCUGGCUGGAUCAAAAACUGGCCACAGAUCACUACAAUGGAUUCUCCAAUGCAAUUCUAUGGCCAAGCCUGCAUUACCAGUCCGGAGUGGUCAUGGAUGACAAUGCGUGGGAGGCUUACCAACGCGUCAACGAGAUAUUCGCAGAUGAAGUGAGCAACAAGGCUAAAGAUGGCGAUCUGAUCUGGGUGCAUGAUUAUCAUCUCUUCCUCUUGCCUCGCCUUCUGCGGAAACGUCUGCAGGCUCAAAAUAAGCGCUGCCCGAUAGGCUUCUCGCUACACACGCCAUUCACAGUUGAUGAUUUCUGGAGGGGAGUUCCUGUUCAUGACCAGCUGCUCGAGGGUGUUCUCGGUAGUGAUAUCAUCGGCUUCCAUACGGAUGAAUACAAGAAAAACUUCCUCGGCGCCUGUGAUACUCUCCUUGAUGGCACUCGCGUGGAAAAUGACCAGAUCCAUUAUGAUAACCGCGUGGUCGAAACUGGGAAAUUUAUCGUGGGAAUCGACUAUAGGAAAUUUGCCGAUGCUUCAGGUGAUCACGAAGUGCUUUCCAGAAUCAAAGAGCUAGAGACUCUAUACAAGGACAAGCAGGUCAUUAUCGGCGUUGACCGCAUGGACUACACAAAGGGACUGCCCGAGAAACUGGACGGCUUCCGAAUCUUCCUAGAAGAACAUCCGGAUAUGGCCAACAAGGUCGUUUUGAUUCAGAUUGCCGUGCCAAGUCGAGAAGAUGUCAAAGAGUACCAAGAUCUUGAAGCGCAGGUUAGCAAACUUGUGGGCCAAAUUUCUGGCAAGCACGCAACUCCUCACCAUUCGCCGUUACUCUACAUCCACCGCUCGGUCUCCUUUGCAGAGCUUGCGGCACUAUAUUCCAUCUCCGAUGCCUGUCUUCUAACAUCGCGACGCGAUGGCAUGAACCUCGUUGCAUCGGAGUAUGUGGCGUGUCAAGAAGCCAGACAGGGUGUACUGGUGCUGUCUGAGUUCACAGGCGCCGCAACUUUCUUGAAGCCCGGUAGUCUCUUGUUCAAUCCUUCCAAUACGCACAGCCUCUCCGACGCUCUCUACAAAGCUUUGACUAUGGACAAAGAAGAGAGGAGGCGGAACUACGAAGAGCUUCGCAACUUCGUCACCACGAAUACAAGUGCAAAAUGGACUGAAACUUUCUUGGGUGAACUAGGACGACUGAAGAACUAG